AUGGAAACGCAAGAGCCAUUCUUCCGCCCAAUCAAGAAGAGAAAGUUUCUACGACGUCGCCCCGAACAAACACAAGAGACCCGAUCGCCCAGCGAAGAUCGCGAGCAUAGCACAAAUACUCCGCCCGUUGAAUCCGCCGGAGAAGCAGACGAUGGCGUGCAGACCAGCGACGUCGUUCGCCUCCGGCGACAGCAUCGGGCACGAAAGGGUGGCAUCGAGUUCUCUACGACGUCGCGGAAAACAGCCAACAAUGGCGGCCAGGGACAGAUGACGACGGGAGAAGAGCUCGAAGACGAGCGCAUACGCCACAUGGGUGAUCGAUUUACGGCGCAUACCGGGCAGACAGUGGAUGUCGACAAGCACAUGAUGGCCUAUAUAGAAUCCGAAAUGGCUAAGAGAUUCCAACACAAUUUACCGGCCGAUAAGCUUGACAGCGACACCCGAGCUCCAAACGACAGACACGCACCGGCGCCUUCGUUGAACCUUCCGCAACGGCAGCCCGCGUCUUUGGGCAAGUUACACGAGAUCGAUUUGGGCCAGGAGACGAAACUUCAGAAUAUUGCCCGGACAGAAGCGGCUACGAGGCAUUUCGCGACGGACGAAGGUCAACCGCAGUAUACAGAAGUGGCAGGUCCUUCCAGAGACGCUGCCGGGAAGAGCGAGCAACCAUGGCGGAAUCGGAAACGACGGACCAGCGAAGAUAUCGAGAGAGACCGGCUUGUGGAAGAGAUUCUACGGGAGAGUAAACUGGACGUGUAUGACGAGCCCGAAGAGGAAAAGGAAGAGGGCGAAGACCAAGCGGCCGACGAUAAGGUGGCCGAGCAAUUCCGGCGAGACUUCCUCGACGCGAUCCAGUCCCGUCGGCGGGCGAAAAAGAAGAAACCGACGACGACGACGGCGGCGGCCAAACCGGAACCGCCCAAGGGACCGAAAUUGGGUGGCAGCCGGAGUGCUCGCGCUGCGAUGCGGGAGAUGCAAGAGAAGACGGCGCGGAAAUAG